AUGUUAAAAUUUUAUAACCAGUUCCCUCGUUUUUAUCGUAGUAGAAAUUUAAUUUUCACGCGUCAAAUUACUUAUUUAAAUAACCCAACUUCUUUUAGAUAUCAUGCGAUUAAAAUUAAACCCAAUUAUUACUUUACUUCAAACAAAAAAUUCUUGUUCUCAACUUCUGCCUCUUUAUCAAAUUCCAAUACAAUCGAUUCUUCCCCUCCUUCCACACUUUUACCUGAAACAUUACCUACGGAUGAUGUUAAUUUCAUAAUAUCAUUUAAUCAAUCUGUCCUGGAAUUUAUGCAUAAUUCAACGGCACUUCCAUGGUGGGCGACCAUACUAAUAUCAACCAUCUUACUUCGUACCUUAUUAACUUUACCCAUUGCCAUAAUUCAACAAAAGAGUGGUGCGAGAAUGAUAUCCUUGCAACCACAGAUAAUGGACGUGUUUGAAAAACUCAAGCAUGAAGUCGUAAGGGAGGUUAAAAAACGAAACGGAACUUAUGAAGAAUUUCAAAGGGAAUUAACGAAAAGGUUUCGAGCUAAAAUAAAUGAAAUAUACAAGGCAAAUAAAUGUUCUCCCAUAAGAAAUUAUUUACUACCUUGGGUGCAAAUACCACUUUUUAUUAGCAAUUCAUUAACUUUAAGGCACAUGGUAGAUUCCGCUGCAGAAUCAAGUUUGGAUCCAAUUACAGGCUCGAACGUUCUUGACAAUUCUACAAUUACUUUAGAUUCAUUGAUAAACGGAGGAACAUUAUGGUUCAAUGAUUUAACUCUAUCAGACCCAACAUUUAUCUUUCCUUUGGCUAUUGGGCUUACUAAUUUCUUUAAUAUUGAGGUACAUUCAUGGUCACUUAAAUCUCAACCAAGUCUUAGAUCAAAAAUAUUAAAAAAUUUGAGUAGGGUAUUGUCUGUACUAAUGAUACCCGUUGCUUCUCAAGCUCCUAUGGCAAUAUGUCUAUAUUGGCUAUCAUCUAGUACUUUUAGUAUUGGACAAAAUUUGAUUUUUCAAUUUCCUUUUAUUCAAAAAAAAUUUGGUUUUUCUGAAAAGAAAAUUGACAUUUCUUCAUUGUCAAAACAAACAGAAAAAGAGAAAGAGUCGUUUGAGUCAAUCAGAAAAAAUAAUGACUCUAAUAAAAAAAAUGCAUAUUUAAAGAAAAAAAAGAAGAAAUAA